CUGCAAUAUGUGUAACAGCAACAAUGCUACUAUGUACCCUCUCCAAACCUUCUAGAUUUCGGUCCAAGUCUCCACCCAAGUUUUCGUCUUCCCUUUUUACCUUUUUGUCCCAGAACCCCAUCCAUCAUCAUCUUCUCUUUGAUUAUUAUCAUUAUUUAUUUAUUUAUUUUAAAAAAAGAAAAGAAAAGCUUAUUCUCCUUUUAAAUCAACGUUGUUUGCUACCUAGGUAAUAUUUGAAGGAAUACGUAAAAGAUAAAAAGGUACCUACCUAAGGUAAGGCAGAGGCAGGCAUAUUCACAUACUAGGUUGGGUACCUAAGGUAAGUAUAUAUAGGUAGGUAGGUAUGCACAUCAUAUAUUACCUAUUCUAUUACCUAGGAACCUACCCUUACCUCUUCUAUUAUAACCCCGCUAUACAACAUCAUCAUACAAACAUCCCAGCAUCCUAGCAUCCCAUAGCCCAUAGCCCAGCAGAAUCCAACCCUUUUGUCUACAACUAGCAAUCAUGGUUGACCGACCAAAGAAGCCUUUGGCGCUAGCCACAACUCCCGGUCUACCACCUCAACCCCAAGUUAACUUCACCCACGACAAUUCGCGAGUCACGGCUUCUCUACCCACGGGAGAGAGCAUCGAAGUUCUUCUACACGGCGCCACCGUUAUCAGCUGGAAGAACCGAUUCGGAAUAGAGAGACUUUGGUUGUCCGACGCCGCCAAGCUCGACGGAUCCAAGGCCGUACGAGGUGGAAUUCCUCUCGUCUUCCCCGUUUUCGGCACAGCUCCUGAUCACCCCGCAACCUCGAAACUCCCUCAGCACGGUUUUGCGCGCAACUCGCGAUGGGAGUUCUUGGGCAAGUCCAGCUCCGAAUCCACGGGCCCGUCCGACACCUCCGUCAAGCUUGACUUCGGUCUCUCGUCCGCAAGUCUCGACGAGGAGACUAAGAGCCUAUGGCCCUACACCUUCUCCAUCAUCUAUAGCGUCACAUUGACCCCGGAAAACCUGAACACGAGCAUCGUCAUUACCAACGACGGCGAACAGCCCUUCGAGUUCCAGGUCCUAUUGCACACGUAUCUGCGAAUCGACGACAUCUCCAAGAUCCAAGUGACAGGUCUCGAAGACUCAGAAUACAUCGACAAGUUGGAUGCGGCUAGUACCAAAACACAGUCGGGCGCCAUAACCAUCACAGGCGAGACGGAUAGGGUGUACACGCCGGCUAAAGGCCCCUCGCACCCGGUAGUAGUCUCAGAGGACGGCGAAGCGGUUUACAGCAUCGUACGGGACAACCUUAAGGACGUGGUAGUCUGGAAUCCUUGGCAGCAAAAGGCAGAAGGUAUGGGCGACUUCGAACCCAAAGACGGCUACAAGAAGAUGAUCUGCAUAGAAGCCGGUUCCGUCAGGGGAUGGACCACUCUCGACCCGAACGACGCUUUCGAGGGUGCUCAAACGAUUUCCGACUGACUUGGUGACGGUGGGGUUCAAGCUGCGCCGCGAAGUAUGGGCAGAUUGUGAAUAAAACGCCGAUUGGUUAGAAGUAGCUAUUAGGCGAAUCUGAAAGGCCGACGAUGAAGUAGACGAAGAUGUCUUUGGAGAUAUGUUGUCAAUCUUGAUUCUUUGGGCGGAGGGAAUCCUACUAGAUCUCCUUUAGUUACUACCUUUUCUUUCCGGAUAGGAAGAAAAUGACGACUCAUAGUUGCUCGAUUUGGUACAAACAGCCAAUCAUAAGAGGUACCUAGUCUCACGUCUA